GCGCCUGAUGCGUCUCGAGAGCGCGGUCGCUCUCGCGUUCAAGCCCUUCAGGACGAGUGCCGCCUUCAGGGCGAGCGAGAGCGCUCGGGCGAGGCUGCCGCCGCACAGUGCAGUCGAGUACCUUGGCGGGCUGCGCCCCACCGACGCCGGCGCCGCCCGGCGCUGCGUGCGCGGCUCCACGUACGGCGGCGUGGAGCUCGACGGCACACCGCUCGUCUGGAUCGAUGGCGGUUGCUGGGGAGUCUUCCGAUGCCGCGGCGUGGUGCUCCAGUGCGGGCAAAAGUGGCCCCCACCGCGCUUCAGCAAGUGCAUCUGCCUGCCGACCAACUCGCUCGAGGCGUCGCGCCACUACUUUGACGGCGAGCUGUACUCCAAGCUGGGUGCUCAGCAUGGGCAAGUUUGAGGAGCCGCACACGGGCACGUCGUCCUUCUCGAUGAUGCUCGGCGACGCGCCCUCCCUGGACGGCAAGUACACCAUCUUUGGGCGCGUCGUGGCGGGCGACCACGUCUUGUCGCAGCUCGAGCAGCUCGAGACGCGUCGGGAAGGCAUCUUCGUCAAGCCGAAGGAGCGGGUCGAGGUGGUGUCGGCCGUCCUCAUGCACGCGAGCGACGGAGGCGGGCUGGAGCUGCACGAGUGCGAGGAGCAAAAGACGGAGCUAUGAGGAGCGGGGGGGAGGCGGCGCACGGGCAGGUCUCGGCGUGGCGGGUGGGCGGCGGAGGCGGCUGGCGGAAGAGAAGCUGGGAGGCUGUAAAACGUGUCACAAUCCGAAUCCCGCGUGUCACGUGUCAGGUGUCACUGGGGCCAGUCCCAGACUGCGUUUUACUAACCGUUUUUUGUUACAAUUCUG